UAGAAAAUGUGGAUUUUGUAAAAACAAAUUCAUAAAAAUAGAAGGAUAUAUGCACACAUCUCCUAUUAGACAUAAAUUACACCAUUUCUACGAUGCAACAUGAAAAGACUUGAUGAGACUACCACUCAUUCCCUUUACAAAUAAUACGAUGACUCUAGGACGUUAAAAAUGUGGUUGCUAAACUAAAAGAGUAUAUGAAGUCAAAACAAAUUAGAAAAGAGAUGCAAGUUUCACAUUCAGCUCCAUAGUAUCUUCCAUUGUGAAAAGAGUCAAUUAGAAAUCGCAGAUGAAAUGGAUCAUCAAAAUAGUCACCUUAAUUAGAUUUUUCACAGUGAUGAAGGGUUGAUAGAAGAGCAUUUAGAUUUUUUGUUCUCUCUUUAGCUCAUGGAUAUGCAGAAUCUUCAUAAAUCGCAAUUUUGAACACACAUGUAUCUGAGAUACACUGAUCACUCAAAUCAAAUACAUGUAUCAGAAACUAAUCUUGAACAAUUUAUGAAAUCAUUGGAACUACUGUUUCAUUAAGGAUUUAGCACCUAUAGUGGCAUGUUUAUGAAAUUUUCUUCUAAAUUUUAUGAAAUAAGUUUAAAGGCCCUUCAUAUGAUUUAGUGUUAGAGUACCAUAAAUAAUUGAGCCAACCUGAUAUGAAAAUAUUUAUUUUCUUCUAAAUUUUAUGAAAUAAGUUUAAAGGCCCUUCAUAUGAUUUAGUGUUUAGAGUACCAUAAAUAAUUGAGCCAACCUGAUAUGAAAAUAUUUAUCUCUAUAAAUAAACUCGCGUGGAUCUAAAUCACAAAUGGUCAUUCAUCUUUCAUGCACAAACAUUAUUAAGCUAUCUUUUUUAAGCGAAAAAGUCAUUUAUUUUACUUGAGUAUCUAGAAGGACCCUAAACUAAAUUUUGGAACACAAAAGUUAUUCAAUUUUGUCUUGGUAUCAUAUAAAGUUACUAGUGACUUUAAAAUCUUCAUGUGUAUGAUUAUAACUAGUGCCUACAAAACCUUCCUACAUGAUACUUAUACAAAGCAGACUAACUUUUUAUUAUAAAAUAGUUCAGUAAAUGACUUUAUAGGUACUAAAAUAUUAAAUUAUUUUGGGUGAAGUAAAAAUAAAUAUUGAGUGACCAUCCAUGAAAUUAACCCUGCACCAUGAGGAGAGAAAACUCAAAGAAAAUGAAUGGAAAUGCUAGGACAGAGAAGAAAUAAUUGUUAAUUGAGAGACAAAAGUAAAAGAUAUAAUAUUUUAUCCACCAUGUGACAUUUCUAUAUCAAUCCAAUCAAUCUCUAAGCGUGUGAAUUAAACUAUAUAUUCUUUCUAAUGAAGGAAUCAAUAAUAUAUUUUUCCAGCAAAUGCUUUUUGACUGAUGCAUUAUGUCUAGUCUUUUUAUAUCUUUUGAAUGAACAAUGUGAUACUUGAUAUAUUUUAUUCACUCUUACGGAUUUGACUAAUGCAACACUCAAGCUUGACAAAUUUGUAGUGUAUACACCUAUAAAUGAUUAUGGUAGUGUAGACAAACUGUCUUGAACAUAAAACAACUUUCUUAAUUGAUUUCUAUUUUUUGAGCUUCCUUUGUAGAGAUGGAAAAUAUUGAAAAACUUCCACUAUUUGUAAUAUAUGUUUUCCUCUUUCAACUUGGUUUCUCUUCAUGUUUGCCUCAAUUGUGUCCCAAAGAUCAAGCUCUUGUCCUUCUAGAAUUCAAGAAGAUGUUUUCCAUCAACCCUUUUGCUUCAACUUCUGAGGAAUGUGAAGGUCUUUCUCCAAAGACACUUUCCUGGAAUACGAGCGAGGAUUGUUGCUUGUGGGAUGGAGUUCAUUGUGAUGAGACGACAAGCAAAGUGAUUGAGCUUGAUCUCAGAUGCAGCCAACUUCAAGGCAAGUUCCUUUCCAACAGUAGCAUCUUCCAACUCUCUGCUCUCAAAAGGCUCGAUUUAUCUAUGAAUGAUUUCUCUGACUCAAACAUUUCACCUAAUUUCGGUGGGUUAACUAGCUUGACAUAUCUUGAUCUAUCCUAUUCAAUGUUCACAGGUCAAAUACCUUCUGAAAUUUCUAAUCUUUCUAAACUACGUUCUCUACGUAUCUAUGGUUACUCAACUGAUUUAACACUUGGACCGCACAAACUUGGACAACUUCUUAAGAACUUGACCCAAUUAAGAGAGCUUGAGCUCUCCAAUAUGGGCAUCUCUUCAACCAUUCCUCCAAAUUUCUCUUCCUAUUUAACAACUUUGCGCCUUCCAGGCACACAAUUAUAUGGGAUAUUACCUGAAAGAGUUUUCCACCUUCCAAACUUGAGAUUGCUUGAUUUAUCGAGGAAUUCUCAACUUUCAGUCAGCUUUCCAAUAACCAAAUGGAAUAGCAGUGCAUCUCUGAAGGAUUUGUCUCUAAAUGGUGUGAAUUUUACAAACGCACCUGAACCCAUGAGUAACUUUUUUGGACCUAUUCGACUAUUCAAUGAAAAUUGGACACAACUCGAAUCACUAAAUCUUCGAUCCAAUUUCCUAACAGGUCCAAUUCCUUCUGAUGUUAGUGGAUUUCAAAGCCUACAGCUACUCUCGAUGUCAUCAAACAGUUUGAAUGGAACGAUACCAUCUUGGAUAUCCUCCCUUCCGUCCCUGAAAUAUUUAGACUUGAGAAAUAACAGCUUAAGUGGCCAACUUGAUGAGUUCAAAUCCAAAGAACUGUUUUGGAUAGAUCUAGGAAAAAAUUACUUGCAAAGUCCCAUUCCAAACUCACUCCUAAACCAGGAGAACUUGAUGUUUCUUAGUCUAUCAUCAAAUAAUUUCAGUGACAAUCUAAAUUUUCGCAUCUUUUCAAACUUGAGUGGACUAGGCACACUUAAUCUUUCAUAUAAUAGUUUCUCAUGGGCUGAUAAGGAUCAAGUAAAGUCUAACUUGCUCAACUCUCUUUAUGACUUAGAUUUGCGCUCCAAUUUGCUGCAAGGGUCACUACCUAUUCCACCAAGUUUUAUAGAGAACUUGUACAUAUCACAUAAUAAGCUUAGCGGACAUAUCCCUUCGACUAUUUGCAAACUAGAAUUUCUGAGAGUUCUAGAUUUGGCAAGUAAUAGUUUGAAGGGAGCAAUCCCACCUUGUCUUGGCAACAUGAGCGCAAUUGAGGUUCUAGAUUUGCGCUACAAUAGUCUUGGUGGGACAAUUCAAACAAACUUUAGUGUUGGAAAUCCACUCAGAAGCUUUAAUUUGCGUGGAAAUAAGUUAGAGGGGGAAAUCCCACGUUCUUUGAUCAAUAGCAAGCGACUGGAAGUUCUUGAUUUAGGAAACAAUGAGUUGAAUGACACAUUUCCAAUGUGGUUGGGAACUCUACCAAACUUGAUGGUUUUGAUCUUGAGAUCAAAUAAAUUGCAUGGACCCAUCAGAACAUCAAAGACUAAGAAAUUGUUUCCUCAACUUCGAAUUAUAGACAUCUCAUCUAAUGGAUUUUCUGGGGAUUUACCAACACAUCUUUUGGAGAAUUUUCAAGCCAUGAAGAAAGUUGACGAAAACAUGAGAACCCCAAUGUAUAUUGGAGAUUACUAUUACAAAGAUUCCAUAACAAUUUCAUCAAAAGGAAUGAGCAUGGAACUUGUUAGAAUUUUUUCGAUGUACACAGCCAUUGAUCUUUCAAGCAAUAGAUUUGAAGGUUACAUUCCAAGUGUUAUAGGAAAUCUCACUUCACUAGUUCUGUUGAACCUAUCUCAUAAUAGUUUGGAAGGCCAUAUACCAACAUUACUAGGAAGUGUAUCAGCGCUUCAAUCGUUGGAUCUCUCAUUUAACAAACUUGGUGGAGAGAUACCAGUGCAGCUUGCAUCUCUGACAUUUCUUGGAUUCUUAAGUGUCUCUCACAAUCAUCUCGUUGGAUGCAUCCCUAGUGGAUACCAGUUUGCUACGUUUGAAAUUGGUUCAUUUGAAGGGAAUGAUGAAUUGCGAGGCUUUCCAAUUUCAAAAGAUUGUGGUGGACGUGGUCGUGAUCAUGUACCACAAUCAACGACUCCAUCCGCACUAGAUGAUCAAGAAGAAGAUUCUGGCUUUGAGAUAAGUUGGGAAGCGGUUCUGAUGGGUUACGGUUGUGGACUCAUUAUUGGAAUAUCCAUAAUAUAUAUUAUGUCAUCAACUCGGAAACCGAUAUGUCUUUUCAGGAAGAUUGCAGAAUGGGAACACAAAACUGUAAACAUGAGAAAGAAAAAGAAAGUGGCCAGACAAGUCAGGUAUUCAACUCUAACUCUACACUAAAUCUUCUGCUCAAAGUCUAACUAUAUUAGUAAUUUUCAUUUGAUUAGGUGUUACUCCACCUCUUAUACUACUUCUUAUACUAAUGAUUAAUAGAAUGUUUUAUGAAGGAGUAAACUUAACACUUUUUCUCAAUACAAAAAAGUUUUUGUUUAAUUGGUCUUUGGUUAUGAGGAUAAUUGAUGUGUAAUCCAUUUCCUUGCCCCUUACGAUUUAUUGAAGCUCUUGAGCUGAAUAUUUCAUUUUCUUAUAAAUCCAAAUUAAGUAGUUGCUGAGGCCAUUAAUAAUAAACUACAUGUGCUUUCAUGAUUUGUGGUGUUUUUGAUGUUCCAAAUUUCAUUUUCCUUCAAAUGUUUUGUAACUAACUACCAGUUCAAAUGAUGAAAGUUCUAUUAUAUUUCAAAACCACUCCUUUGUGGCAUUAAUUAUUGAUGCUAAGUUCUGUGAAACAAGAAAAGAACGUUGCUAUAUCACGAUAUUCGGAUAAAGAGUUCUAAUGUCUUAAGCAAUACUACAAAUAAGAUAUACAGGAAAAAGGGUGGGAAAGGAGAAUUUGCCUUACAACAUAUAUACUUUGAAUUGUUAAUUAUUGUGUCUUAAGUGCUCUAUUGCGUAGUUUCCAAAUACUAAAGUUUCUUUCAAAGUAUUUAAAGAUCAUAUGUCCGGAUUCAGGAUUCAAAUUAAGAUGUUUGACUCUCGGUAUUCAAACAACCCAUAUAAAUUGGGACAAAGAAGGAAUUAAUCAGUAAUAAAAGUUUUAUUUAUUACUUGGAGUUGUCUACAUUGCACAACACUCAUGAACUGCUUUAGCUUCUUCUGGAGAAGGGUAUUUGGAAUAGAAACUUAGCAGCUCUGCAGAGUGGUGGAAAAGAGAGAUUUGACAAACUAGAUGAGAAGCCAAAUCUAAUAUUGGAGCUAAUUUUGUUAGCUGAAUAGACAUUUUGAGCCAUUAAUGAAUAGCGAUUCAAUUGGUUUCUGUACAGCUGAUAUACCCUCCGUUGAAAAAGUGAACUAUGUAUAACUCUGUCUUACACAAAUGGCCCAGAU